AACUUUGAAAUGGUAGUUUGAUGGUGUUUUUAUACCCAAACUAUCAGUGUGGGGUCAUUGUCCAUUUGUCGGCAUUGUCGGUAUUCGAAACGAUGAUACAGAGAAGCGGACUCGAUUUAAUUAAUCCAAAUACAGUACAGAUUCUCCUGGCCUAAGGUGAGUGUUGGUUGUAUUGGGAUCCGAGAGUAGUUGGAGGGUCUUAUUUUUUUGAAAGCCGGCAAGUUGGGAUUGUUUUCGAUUGGGAGAUCAUGAAUCAGAUUCGUUUAGGAGCAGGUGGAACUGUUCUCUAGAUGCCAUGGGGCGGCAUCUGGGUAUUCAUCGAUUUCUUUCCUAUUGAUGUGGGAGGUUUUGUUGGGGUCCAAUGAGGAAGAAUGCAUGUGAAUUUUGAUUAGGACGACACAUGCACGAAUGGGAAUUUUGAUUGAAUUGAUAUGAUGUGAAGCUUGUUCAAAUCAAGCUGUGCUCUUCAAACACUCAAGAAGCAUUUGGUGGAUUGGUUCACUGUCUUUACAGGAACUUUCCAGAUUGGUUUUGAGGGGAAUUGGGUGGAACUGUCUUUAUGUAUCUCAUUUUUUUCAAUUGGUUGUCGGUUUGUAAGGAUUUGCCAAGGAGGAUUCUUGAUGUGAAUGUGGGUGAUUUUUUGUAUCGGCAAUGUGGGUGUGUGGAGAAUGUGAUUGAAUCAAUCGAUGAUUGGCGAAUGAAGCGAAGCGUUGUUGAGAUUGUGCUGCGAUCUUUUUGCGGGAAAAGGUUGCGGCUUCGAUGUUUAGGAAUAUAUAUUUCCAGGCUCCUGUUCUGCAUCAUUGAAGUGUGGCACGUACCAAAUGACAACAUCUCUUGCAGUGAUACUUGGAGGCGCUGCAGGAGCUGUUGGAUUGGUGGCACUACUUGUAUUCCUAUGGUUCUGCCUACUACGUAAGAGGAGUGUUUCAAGAACUUCUGAGACAGGUUCUUCAGAUCCAUCUCUUCAAGCAGGACAAGCCAUUGAAUUCUCUCUUCUGAGAGGUGGCCCUCACCCAUCCGACUCGCGAGAGGCAAGGCGUUUUAUGUUGGAUGAGUUACACCUGGCUACAAAGAAUUUCAGCGAUAUCAAUCUGAUCAGGCAAGGAAUAUUUGGAGAAGUGUACAAGGGUUUGCUUAAUGAUGGGAUGAUUGUGGCCAUCAAAAAGCGGCCUGGUGCACCUAAUCAGGAACUUAUCAAAGUGGUACACUACUUGUCAUCGAUCAGGCAUCGAAAUAUUUUGAUUCUUUUGGGAUAUUACCAGGAAAACAACCAGCAAAUGCUUGUUUAUGAGUACAUAGCUAAUGGCAGUGUUUCCAGUCACUUAUAUGCUCAGAUCUCCAAUGAACUGCUAGAAUUCAAGAAUAGGCUUUCAGUAGCUCUGGGAGCAGCUAAAGGUGAUCAUUUGCAAAAUCAGGGAGCAUUGGUGGCUCUCCUGGUAUUGGAUUUCUCUUGGUAA